UACCAAUCGCGUCGCGUCGCGUCGGCCGUCGCCGGGCACUUCGUUUCCGCGUUCUCUGCGGUAUGUCCGGGUAUGUCUCUAGGUUAUGUUACGCUCGUAUGUUGGAGAAGUAACGUCCGCAGUGAUCUAGCGUUCCCAGGCAGCAAAAUGUCCGGGCGUAAGAAGAAGAACAAGAACAAGAUGCUAGAGAGAAGACCGCGGCAUGUGCUCGGCAAGGAGGAGAGGUACUAUCGCGAGGGCGGCGAGGACCCCGGGGAGGUUGUGGACGACAAGGCAGAGGUGAACGAGCAGUUGGUCCAGUUCCCCGUGGCUAUGUGGGACAUGGAGCACUGCGAUCCCAAAAAGUGCUCCGGCAGGAAGCUCGCGAGACACGGCCUGAUAAAGACCCUGCGACUAGGCGCUCGAUUCCCAGGCUUGUGUCUAACUCCGAUCGGCAAUAAGUGCGUGAGCCCGACGGAUCGCGAUAUCGUACGCGAGUACGGAUGUGCGGUCGUGGACUGCAGCUGGGCACGCCUGGACGACACUCCCUUCAACAGAAUGAGAACGCCCCAUCCUCGUCUACUGCCAUUCUUAGUCGCUGCCAAUCCGAUAAACUACGGGAAGCCCUGUCAUCUGAGCUGCGUCGAAGCUAUUGCGGCUACCCUGAUUAUAACGGGAUUUCCGGACGAGGCCAAUCUCUAUCUCGGAAAGUUCUCGUGGGGACACGCGUUCCUGGAGUUGAACGAGGAGCUGUUGGAGAAGUACGCUCUCUGCACGAACAGCGAAGAAGUUAUCGCGACACAGAAGGAAUACAUAGAGAAAGCCCAGCAAGAGAGAUUAUUAGAUAAACUCGCGCUUCCUGAUCUUCCACAAAGCGACACGGAAUCUGAGGAAGAGACGGAAGAGAAAGACGGGAACGCGGUAUCAGAAAUAACCGAGGAACUAGGCGAUAUAAAAGUGUAGUAACAUAGCGUACAAUUAAAGAUACUUGGCCUUCUA